AUGUCUUGGAAAUCGAUCGCGCCCCAUCUGCUCGCCGCGAAUGCCUUGGUCCUUGGGCACCCGCUUGGCCAUUCUCUGUCGGGAGCAGCAGCAAAAGCGGAGAGCGAAGGGUUGCGCGAAGCGGUUGCAGCACCAGCCGCUCGGGUCAUCACCACCUUUCACCACACGCACAAGGUGCCGGCCAAGUGGGAGCCUAAUCGCAACUACCUCGAAAAGGUCAAGGAUGAGGUCAGCCUUUCGGAGCACGUAUUCUAUCGUCAUCAUCCAGAUCACGGUUGGACCGUGUUCAAUGGCAAUGAGCAAAAGAAGCCAAAGACGGAGCCUCCUUUGGACUUCAUCGUCAGUAUGCGCUCCUGUGUGGAAGUCUCGAGUGGAGGCGAUAUGGUCACGGUGUCGGCAUUCGAGUACCUGUAGCAGCGUGCCAACUGCGUGCUGAUCCCCCCUUUUGCCCGCUUCUUUGCAGCGCCAAGCGUACGGACACUCCAUGAGGGUCACGGAAGAACCGGUGGAGAACAUCAUCUCCGCAGAGCGCUCCCGCUACUGA